CUUGCGUCUCACAUGGACACGCCCCCUCGCUCCCGAUUGGCUGCCUCCGCCUCCACGCCUGCCUUAUUACAGCCCUUCGCUCCAAUUUGGUCACAUAAACAUGAGGAUACCGUCAUCUUAGGACAUUACGCCGCACUUAGGUUUUUCCAAACUCUUCGCACGAUACCCGCCCGCGAAAGAGUCCGCUUCACCACCCACCAGUGCCAGUGGGACCUGUAUGGCCCCAUCGACCGCCAUGUCAGCUUUGACCGCUGCUUUAAAAACUGAAGAGCUUCCGUCCCGCUCCUCGGCUCUCCUCAGCAGAGGCGAGAUGCAGACCAGCCUGAGUCCCGCGGAGGAGACCGGGAAGCCCAAAGUGGCGAUCCUGCCCUUCAGCGUCGAGGCGCUGAUGGCUGACAGGAAGCCCAGCAGGGAGGUGCCAUCCCCGGACUCACUGCAGUCCCUGGCCGGGACGUCCCAUGUGCUGCACGGGAAGAGCGCACGGAUGAGCUCGUUCGGGAGUCUGGAUACUUCACUUCCUGCUUUACCCAUGAGCUCCUCGUAUUCAAUGGGUGAGAUCAUGAACAUGCCCGAAGACGUGAUGAUUAAACCCGAGAGUCCGGACAGUAAAGAGAGAAGUGCGUGGAUACAGAAUCCUCGGUUUUCUCCCACACCUACAAGAAGAAUGAGUCCUCCCGCGUGCCCUCUGCGAAAACACAAGACCAACAGAAAACCCCGGACCCCGUUCACUACGUCCCAGCUGCUGGCGCUGGAGAGGAAGUUCCGUCAGAAGCAGUACCUCUCCAUCGCAGAGCGCGCAGAGUUCUCCAGCUCCCUAAACCUGACGGAGACCCAGGUUAAGAUCUGGUUUCAGAACAGACGAGCCAAAGCCAAGCGGCUGCAGGAGGCAGAGCUUGAGAAACUGAAAAUGGCAGCAAAGCCGAUGCUGCCGCCAGCUUUCGGGAUUUCCUUUCCCCUCGGUGCGCACGUCCCCGCGUCCUACGCAGGGUCGCACCCGUUCCAGAGGCACUCGCUGCCGGUUUCCCCAGUAGGACUGUACGCCGCGCACGUCGGAUACAGCAUGUACCACCUGGCCUGAUAUGGACGCAGGACACGAAGACUGUACGCUCUGGUUGGACAGGUGAGAUGACACACGCGUGGCCGUGGACUCAGUGUGGUCACCAGGAAACCUCCACGCCCUUCUGAGGACCUUGAAGUUUUAUCCACUUCUUGUGACCUCGCCAGUAAGUUCACACUCUGCAUUUAAAAAAAAAUAAUAAUAAUAAUUUAAAAAAAUCCAGCUUUAGCAGUCAUUUAUUCUUACAUUUAAAGAGAUGUUUUUGUAAAAAGAGGAGUUUUGGAAUACAUUUUAGUGAAAAAGACGAGAAUAAAUGACUUUAAGGUGGAUAUUUUUGCGGUGCAGAGGUGGAAAAACAAACUUAUAUGAUGUGAUGUGUCAUGGACAGUGAAGUAUGGAUAGCGGGCUGUGAGCUGUCAAAAAAGGCCACUCCUCGCCUCUGUUGCUGCUUACAGUCAGGUAAAGGGCUAUUUCACCAACUGUUUGCACCAACACCAAACAGCAAGUGCAAAAAGCAUACUUUUCUACAUGAUUCGGUGCAUUCAUAUCAGCGCGUGUCUGAAUCCAUUGUCUCAUGAAUGCUCUUUGUGAAUCUGGAGAACCACAGCAUUUGUUUUAUUUGUUUUUUUGUUUUGUUUUUUAAAUAACAGCACUGUCUGUUGUCAUAAUGAUUCCCUUUGGAAGGGAUAUGUGUACUGUAAAAUAAUGUAUAUUUGAAGAAUAUCCUCAUUUAUAUUAUGAAUAUAUUUGUGACAUAACUUAAUAAAUUGUUUAUUCUUUUUUCAUGAA